GACCCCCGUUUGCGAGACGCGCGUUUCCCCCGCAGAGGAGCGCGCAUGGAUCCCUGAGCGCGCUCGCGCGCACACACGCCCCCGACGCCCCCCAAACACACGCACUUUCCGCGCUCGUUCGCUGGCUCGCGGUGUUUUUGACGCUCGUCGAUCGGUUGGCGCGGAGCGACGAUGUGGAUCCAGAUCCGGACGAUCGACGGCAAAGAGACGCGGACGGUGGAGGAUCUGUCGCGCCUCACGAAGAUCGAGUCGCUGCGCGUCAAGAUCCGAGACAUCUUCAACGUGAAGCCCGAGCAGCAGAGACUCUUCUACCGAGGAAAACAGAUGGAAGAUGGUCAGACGCUCUUCGAUUACAACGUCGGUCUUAACGACAUCGUCCAGCUUCUCAUUCGCUCGCAGACGGACCCGCCGGACAGCCCCUCCCUCAACAACGGAGAGGGAGUGGCCUGUGUCAUAGCCCCACCCACCACCACAUCUGUCCCUCCCUCAGCCACACCCACCACAACAGUCGUUUCCCCAGCAACCAUCACCAACAGCAACGGGAAUGGGUCCAAGUCCUGUAGUCCGGCUUCCGACAGCCAGCCGUCCACAUCCAGCCGGACGUUCCUCAUCGAUCCGGGGAUCGGAAUCUUCAAAGUGAAUGAGUUAGUGGACUGCAGGGACGUCAGUAUCGGCGCCUGGUUUGAAGGCGUGAUUGAAAAAGUCACUCCUGCCACUAAAGGACAGAACGGCAGAGCCGAAACGGCGCCCCCUCCCGCCAGGGUGGGCCGACCCAGCAAACGGACUAAUGGCAAGCUGGAGUCAGAAACGGCCGCCGCCCCUUCAUCGUCAUCAUCUUCAUCAACAUCCACGGACAAUCACGGCACAGCGUUAAACACGGACAGCAGCGAACCGUCCACGUCCAAAACGGAUCCGGCGCUCAGCCGCGAGGACGUCUCCUACCACAUUAAAUAUGAAGAUUACCCAGAGAACGGCGUGGUGGAGAUGAGCGCGGAUGACGUGCGGCCGCGGGCCAGAACGGUGCUACGUUUCGACCAGCUGCAGGUGGGUGACGUGGUGAUGGUCAACUACAACCUGGAGAAUCCAGAGGAGCGAGGCUUCUGGUACGACGCAGAGAUCACGUCCCUCAACGCCGUCUCACGCACAAACAAAGAGAUCCACGUCAAGAUUCUGCUGGGAGGUCCGUGUGAUGUGAUUGGUGACUGUAAGCUGCAGUUUCUGGAUGAGAUUUACAGGAUAGAGAAACCUGGAGUGGCAGCGCUGUCUGCAGCAGACGGCCCGUUCAAACGUAAGACGGGUCCGGAGUGUAAGCACUGUAAAGCGGAUCCGGACGCCGAAUGUCGUUUCUGUUCGUGUUGCGUCUGCGGCGGGAAGCAGGACGCUCACAUGCAGCUGCUGUGUGACGAGUGUAACAUGGCGUUCCACAUCUACUGCCUGAACCCGCCGCUGUCGGCCAUACCGGAGGACGAGGACUGGUACUGUCCCACCUGUAAGAACGACAGCAGUGAGGUGGUGAAAGCCGGAGAGAAACUCAGAACCAGCAAGAAGAAAUCCAAGAUGCCGUCGGCGACCACAGAGAGCCAGAGAGACUGGGGCAAAGGUAUGGCGUGUGUGGGCCGCACUAAAGAGUGCACAAUCGUCCCUUCCAAUCACUACGGCCCCGUUCCCGGCGUUCCCGUCGGAACCACGUGGAAGUUUCGCGUUCAGGUGAGCGAGGCGGGCGUCCACAGGCCUCACGUCGGUGGGAUUCACGGACGCAGUAACGACGGCUCGUACUCGCUGGUGCUCGCUGGAGGAUUCGAGGAUGAAGUUGAUCGUGGCGAUGAGUUCACCUACACCGGCAGCGGAGGUCGCGACCUUUCCGGAAACAAGCGCAUCGGCGAGCACUCGUUCGAUCAGACGCUCACGCACAUGAACAGGGCUCUGGCACUCAACUGUGACGCCCCUCUGAACGACAAGGACGGGGCGGAGUCUCGCAACUGGAGGGCGGGAAAACCGGUGAGAGUGAUUCGCAGCUCGAAGGGCCGACGGAUCAGCAAAUACGCGCCGGAGGAGGGAAACCGCUACGACGGCAUCUAUAAGGUGGUGAAGUACUGGCCGGAGAUCGGGAAGUGCGGGUUCCUGGUGUGGCGGUAUUUGCUGCGGCGGGACGACGUGGAGCCGGCGCCCUGGACUCCGGAAGGGAUCGAACGCAGCAAAAAACUCGGCCUCAAGGUUCAGUAUCCUCCCGGUUAUCUGGAGGCCAUGGCCAAUAAGACGAAGCGCGAGGCGACGGUGCGGGCGGUGGGCAGCUCCUCGCGGGGCAGGAAGAGAGGACGACCCCGAUCUGCACGACCGUCCAAGAAAGUCCAGGAGGAGGAGGACGAGAAACCUGAGGAGAACAUGGAGGAAGAGCUUCAGAGCAACGGCAGCGCGGACACUCAUGAAGAAGAGAGCACGGAUGUGUGUGAGCAGCAGGAGGAGCCGCAGGUCAAGCGUUUGAAGGAAGUGGAAUCGUUUGUUUUGUCAGAACAGCAGCGGAAUAUGAUACAGGAAGACGAACCCAACAGGAAACUGUGGGACGAGGCGCUGAGCUUCCUAUCGGAGGGACCGAACUUCCUGCGUAAGGUGGAGCAGCUGUUCAUGUGUGUUUGCUGUCAGGAACUGUCCUUCCAGCCCGUCACCACCGAGUGUUCGCACAACGUCUGCAAGACGUGUCUGCAGCGGUCGUUCCGCGCCGAGGUCUUCACCUGCCCCGCCUGCCGCCACGACCUGGGCAAAGACUACGCCAUGAGCCUCAACAAAACCCUACAGCUGCUCCUGGAUCAGUUCUUCCCCGGAUACAGCAAAGGACGAUGAGUCUGAUCCACAACAAACGGACAAAGAUCUGCUCUCCGCACAAGCGUCUCUCACACACGCACACACGCGCACACACACACCAGCCUGACAUCUGUGUUCACGACCGCAAACCCAACGGAUGCCGGGACUCGAACCCGUUGACUCGCAUCAUGAACGUCAUCGGCAUCUGGAUCACCGCUGACCACAGACCAUUACAGAAGAAUCCAAGCCUGUCAAAAACACGUCUGACUUGCAUUUCACUCAAAAAUAACAUAGAAAAAUAUAACAUAUAUUUGAAAGAAAUUAUUAAAAUAAUAAUGAAAUAUAUAUUAAUAUUCAAAAAUGUUGAAAUAAUUAAAUAUGAAUAAAUAAAUAUGAAAUACAUGCAAUAAAUAUUUAAAAAUAUAUAUUUUGCUCAGAUUAAGCCUAAUUUGCAUCAUGACACCUAAACACAUUUUAUUCCAGAUUCUCAUGAAUGUGUCCAGAUGUUUUAGUUUUGAGUUAUUUUUUAUUUCGUGCUAGUCUAAUUACUGAAAAAAAAAGGAAAAAAAAAAGAUUUUGUUAUUAAAACAAGCAUAAAAUUAGAGGCAGUGCAACAAAUACAAUGUGUAAAUGCUUUUAAUAUGUAUCGUUUUUAUAUUUACUUUUAAUAUUUAAAAUAUAUAAAUACAAUUUAACAAAAAAAUAAUAUAUCACUUUUCUUGCAUUGUAUUAAUGGGUUAAAAUGUGUUUAAAUGGAAUGAAAUUGUCUUUAAAAUAGGCUUAAUUUUUUUAAUGCAAAAUUCAGAGUGAAUUCUGAGUCAGGUGUGGUUUUGAUGGGAAUCAAGUGACUGAAUCUUUGAUUCGCUGCUCUAAUGAAGCUCAAAGCUGCGGUGAAAUGGAGAAUCAGUCCGAAUCUCUCCAGAUCUGCAAGCGCCGGCUGACGUUUCUCCAUCUUCAGCUGGAUCGUCGUGACAGACGGAGCGAAUCCGCUGCUGAAUCAUCACGAACGUGAUCCGGAGCGUUCAUCUGUUCCCUGUUUGUUCCCUUUCGGUUGUUCGUUGCUCGGCCUGUUCGUCUCUUUCCGUGGUGACGUCGUUUUUCUCUCCGAUCUCUGCUUUUGUUUUCCAGGAACCGCAGAUGUACGAUGUUUAUCCGCUCGUCCGUGACGUGUGUCAUUCCCACAGCGAUAUCCCGUCUCUCUUCGGCUUUCUUUGAUUUCUGGCGCUCGCUUUCCUCUCGUCUGUGAUCUUGGCUGUUUUCUCUCACGCUCUCGCUCUUCUGCUGCGCUUUCCUGUGGUGUUUUAUGUUUUAUUGCACUUACUGGCGAUGAGAGUGAGAUUGUGACGGAGCCGUCGGUUUAUUUUCCUACCUGUUCGACUUUCACCGUUCGCUCUUUCAGUGUGGCAAAUCUGACCUGCGGUCCCGGCAGAAACAUCGCUUCGAAUUGUGAUUCCGAAUUUUAUACAUGGUAUAAUACUUGUUAUGUACUUAUUAAAUAUUUUGAUUCCAGAA